GCCGACGAGUUAAAGAACUUCGCUGCUCGGUUUAAGGCCGCUGUGUUUGCAUGCGUGCGCGCGUGUCCCCGCGUGUCUUGACACUUUGCAUUGUUGCUCCACCUCCGUCGCAGCCUUGAAUUUAAGUCGCUUGCAAAAAGUUCUUGCGAGGCACUUUUCUCUAGAGGAAGCAGAAGAGUGGGAGGAGGACUGCUUUUUAGUGAGGAGGAACCGACAGAGAGAAAUAGAAGAAAAAAGAAGUCCACGAUGGCAGAGAAUAAGAUGGGCCCGAACCUCCAGGCCGGGGCUGGAUUCCUCGCCAAACGGGUCCAGAAGUCUCUGAAUCGAGCCCAGGAGAAGGUCCUUCAAAAACUGGGCAAAACCAUGGAGACCAAGGACGAGCAGUUCGAGCUGUGCUUCCAGAGCCUCAACAAACAACAGAUCGAUGGAAGCAGGCUGUUCAAAGAUGUCAAAGCCUACCAUGCAGCAGUGAAAGUUGUGCAUGAGACGUCCAAGCGUUUGUCGCAGACAUUGCGAGACGUCUAUGAACCAGACUGGAACGGCGUGGAGGACCUCCCAGUCAUUACAGAAAGUGAAGACUUGCUGUGGAACGACUAUGAAGAGAAACUCAGUGACCAGAUUGUGCGCACCAUGGAGAACUACACAAGCCAGUUCCCCGAAGUCAAGGAACGCGUAGCCAAGCGCGGUCGCAAGCUGGUGGACUACGAUUCAGCGCGUCACCACCUGGAAGCGCUCCAGAGUGCCAAGAAAAAGGACGAGGCCAAAACGGCAAAGGCGGAGGAGGAGUUCAACAAAACCCAGGGUGUCUUUGAGGAAUUGAAUAACGAGCUGAGGGAGGAGCUGCCUGUUCUCUAUCAGAGCCGGAUAGGUUGCUACGUGACGGUGUUCCAAAACAUAUCAAACCUGAGAGAUGUCUUCUAUAAGGAAAUGAGCUUGCUGAACCACGAGCUGUACAAUGUGAUGAAGAAAUUGGAGACUCAGCACUCAGGAAAAGCCUUCAUAAUCAAGGGUCUGAACAGCACGACAAGCAAGGCAAAGAAGAGAAUGUCCCUGGUUAUCUCCAAUCCCAUCCCUUGCAAUACAGCUUUCCCAACUGACCACACCUCCAUGCACUCUUCCACCGAAAAUGGAAAAGACGCCGAGCCCUCUUCGGCCGUCCAACGAACUCCAAGCACCUCGGAAGAAACUAGCCUGCCAGAAGAAAGCGUCGCCUCAUCCAAAGACGUCAUCUCGUCGGAUUCCGAACUCUGCUCCAGCGGCACCCACACACCCCAGAGGCAGUCGGCGUCCGGCAGUGAGACCAGCGACCAGAGUACAGGGAGUCGAAAUCUGGAGGUCGAAGCCGACCUGGCUACGAACCAGUCCGAUGACUCCGGGGUGGGUGUGCCAAGGUCGGAGGCUGCAAGUCAGGAAGUGUCCAUUGCCUCCGAUUCUGCAGAUAGUGCUCUGCCGAGUCCAGAGCAAGAGAUUGCAAAUGACCCGGCAUCUGAGAGUUCGGAGCGAGAGAAUGUGAGUGACCCAGCAUCCCAGAGUCCAGAGCAGGAGAAUGUGAGUGACCCGGCAUCAGAAAAGGCAAAGCCAAAACUUGCACCAGUUCCCGCCCCUCGCCUGUCCUUCCGCUGUACAGAUAGACCCGCGCUCUUACCCGCUAAGGUUGAAGAAUCGGUCCACCAGGAGAUGGAUGACUCCAGUUCACACAAUCCACCAGGCUUCCUUUACAAGGGAGUGGCGGUGGAGAGCAAUGCAGCGUCAGAAGAAGGCCUGCUCCAGUUUGAACAGGGAGACGUCAUCCUGGUGCUCACUGACACUCAAGAGCAGGAAGGCCUGGUGAAGGGGAUCAGGGAGGAGAGCUGGAACCAGCACAGGGAUCUAAAAAAUCACUCUGGGAUCUUCUCGGAAAAACUCCUUCAGCCGGUUCAGGCCGAGUGAGGCAAUAGUCACUCCUCAAUCUGUAACACGCUCUUCUUCCUUCACACAGUUGGUGAACAAACAUAAACACACAUGCACAUACACACACACACAGGCACAGGGCGUUCACCCAUAUGUUGUGGCUGCAGAAGCUGUGCAAACAGAUGAGCACAAGUACCACGUGGGGCCUCACCCACUCUGAUGUGCCAACUCUUGGAAAGAAAAGAUUUAGAACAUUUUGCAAGAAAUAUUAGUACUGGUAAAUGUUUCUGUAUUUUUUCUCUUAUUGCAUUUUUAAAAAAGUAUUUCUGUGAAACGCUGUGAAAUAAAAUACUUGUUGUUUUUUAUCCUGAUACUGUGAUCUUGUGUAAAAUGUCCUAAUAAAGUUCUAUAUAUAAACGAGA